UUUAGAAGAACACUACAGGGAGAAACUGUUGCUCAAUGGAUAGAAUUGAAGGAAAUGAUUGAUAAUAAUAUCUUUACUGAUUACAAGGAGCCAAGGAGAGUGUGUGUGUGUGUGUUGGAAACUGGGUGCACAAACGGUCUUCUCUGUCAGGGAGCUAUAUUUGCAACUCAAAGCAACUGACCUAGUUGGAUACAGAGGUACAUGGAAGAUCAAAAUGCCCUUGAAAAUCAAGAUCUUUCUGUGCCUUUUCAUUAGGAAUAGUGUUUUGACAAAUCUACUCAAAAGAGGGUGCACUGGCAACAAUCAAUGCUAAUUCUGUGGUCAUGCAAAGACAAAAUCAUUUGUCCCUUGACUGUAAUCUUGCCAAGUUCACCUGGAGAGUGGUCUUUAGUGCUCUUAAUUUGGUUGGACCUCCUGAAGAUGUUCAGGGCUUAAUUGGUGCUUCGUGGACCCUGUGUUUCUCCUGGCCAACGCAAACUAGCUCUAGUGGGGGCUGCUUUGUGUUGGACCAUUUGGAAGACCAGAGAAUCGACAUAUUUUGAUAAAAAAAUACCCGAUGAUCAUGCAAUAGUCAUUUUCGGCCUGUGUUAUUACCUCGCCAAUUAGGCAAUCUUGCAGACAAACCAAGCCUGAGGAAGCAUUGAAGAGGCAUUGAAGCCUGGACAAGCCUUUGAUUCUUAGCCCGAGGUGUCCGAUCGGCAGGAAAGAGUCAAACCAACUGAUCAUUCCAGGUUGGCAUUCAUGUGUUUUCUACGGUGAAGUCGGCAUGCAUGUACGUGGAACAAGAUAAAAUAGGCACUAGAAAUCCACCCAGGAAAUAAAGGACAAAACACGUGUAGGACAACCCUGAGUGAUGCAGGCUAUGCAGAGACAAGAAUUCUAGUGCGUACAGUACAUAUACAUACCGUACGUGACAAAUGGCGUACAUACGUAGCCUCUGUCCGUUGGACUUAGUCUGGCCUUGUCUCCAUCGACCGGCUCACGCUGAGUCAAUUUUCUCCUUAGGAUAGUAUAUAGGACGUGAUGUGCUGUGGACAUCUAUUUUCCUAAGAUUUAUGGGCAGGUGCACAAGGGAGGUAGCAGGUGAUUUUCCUGCAUUUGGACUCGCGACUACUGAUGUAAGUGCACUAUUGCAGUGGCGACUUAGCCAAUGCUUCUGGAAAUAAACGGCAAGACAAAUUGCUUGGCCUCGCCUAUAUAAAUAGCUCGUCAUUAAAGGGCAUGCAACCGCGGAUAGAUAGACAGGCGCACAGACAAUCGUAGUGGUACUACAAGUUAUUGACGAGAUGGACGCCGGCGGUGAUGCUACCGAGAGCAAGGAGCAUUUUGUCCUAGUGCACGGUGCCGGCCACGGCGCCUGGUGCUGGUUCAGGCUCCUGCCCCUGCUCCGGGGCUCCGGCCACCGCGUCUCCUGCGUCGACCUUGCCGGGGCAGCCGGCAGCCGCGUCGACCCCGGCUCUGUCCGGUCGUUCGACGAGUACACCGCGCCGCUCGUCGACCUCCUGUCCGCGCUGCCGGACGGCGAAAAGGUGAUUUUGGUUGGGCACAGCGCAGGAGGGCUAAGUGUGACCCAUGCAAUGCAUUUAUUCAGCGAAAGGAUUAAGCAGGCAAUCUUCAUAGCAGCAACCAUGCUCCCGUUUGGCUACCAAACGGAACAAGACAUCAAAGAUGGCGUACCUGAUUUAUCCGAGCUCGGGGACGUGUAUGACCUAGCAUUUGGUCUUGGAAUGGAUCACCCGCCAACGAGUGCAGCACUGCGGCCAGAGUUCCAGCGCAUGAUCCUGUCCCAGCAAAGCCCCCAAGAGGACUCUGCGCUUGCCUCCAUCCUGCUCCGUCCAUGGCCUGCCGCCUUGAGCGCAGCCAGGUUUGGGAGAGGCGGCGGGGACAGCAGCGCAAUCGACCAGGUGCGGCGCGUGUACAUAACAACGGCAAAGGAUUGCAUGGUGAAGCCGGAGCAGCAGGAGGCGAUGAUUCGCCGGUGGCCACCGGGCAAGGUUGUGGCCAUGGACACCGACCACAGCCCCUUCUUCUCCGCACCGGAGCGUCUCUUUCAGCUCAUCGUCAAGUUACUGUGACCACUUGUACACCAUGCAUGCACUGUCUGGGAGACGCCUAGCUGCU